CAGAGAGGAUUUGCGUUACCAAGCAACGAAGAGGCUUGACAGAGGAGAUUAUUUGCUGCCUAAGCAUCCGUUAAAACACACAUCGCAUUUUCAUCAUGGAAUAAUCUCGAAUGGUGUCCGUUCUGUUCACAUCAGCAGUCGUGACGGCACACACAUCCAUCAUGACAGACAGUGUCUUGAGCAAAGCUGCCACUAUGGAAAUACCCAUCAACAGCAAUGGAGACACUAGGAUGGCUGAGGAUGACAGUCUUGAGCAGAUUGGUGGGAGCUUAGAUGAGGUUGUAGGCAAACUUCCAGUGGCCAUGGACUUGCAGCAGGUGAUGGUGUCUGGACCCAACCUGAAUGAAACCAGCAUUGUGUCAGGAGGCUACGGAGGGGCAGCAGAGGGCAUCAUACCUACCAGUUCUAUCAAAGGACCAGCCAUUCGUUUCAACAUGGAGUAUUUUGACAGAAGAUGCGGUAACGGCCCCAAACCAGACAUCCGCUCCAAGUCCAGGGGCAUCAUUCCCAGCCAUUCAGCUGCCAGUCGGAUAGCAAACCAGCCAGGGGAUUAUCCAGCUCUCAGCAUGCACCAUAGCAGCAGCAAUCCAUCCAUGAUGUCAGAGGAGGCCACAAGAGGAGUAGCUGUAGAGAAAUUUGACAGCGUGAAGAAGUGGAGCAUCAACACUUACAAGUGCACAAAACAGAUGUUCUCGGAGCGUUUUGGCCGUGGUACGAAGACAAUGGACCUGGAGCUUGAAGCUCAAAUCGAUGUGUUGAGAGAGACUAAACUGAAAUAUGAACGUAUUCUGAGACUAGCACAAGAGCUCACCAACCACUUCUACAACAUGGUGCAGACACAGCAAGCUCUUGGGGACACCUUUGCUGAUCUGAGUCAAAAAUCCCCAGAACUGCAGGAUGAGUUUGGCUACAAUGCAGAGACACAAAGACUGCUAUGCAAGAAUGGAGAAACACUCCUGGGUGCCAUCAAUUUCUUUGUGUCCAGCAUUAAUACGUUAGUCAACAAAACCAUGGAAGACACACUGAUGACCAUCAAAACAUAUGAGAAUGCAAGACUGGAAUAUGAUGCGUACAGGACAGACCUAGAGGAGUUGAGUGUGGGUCCGCGGGACGCUGCAGCCAUGAUGCGCAUCGAAAUGGCUCAACAGCAGUACCAAAUCCAUAGAGAAAAGUACGAACGACUGCGCAGUGACGUUACCAUCAAACUCAAGUUCUUGGAAGAGAAUAAGGUGAAGGUGAUGCACAAGCAACUUCUACUGUUUCACAAUGCUAUUUCUGCAUAUUUUGCUGGAAACCAGCAGCAGUUGGAACAGACUCUCAGACAGUUCAGCGUGAAGUUGAAGCCACCAGGUUCUGACAAGCCAUCGUGGCUCGAGGAACAGUGAUCACUUUGUCAAUAUAUAGAGACACUUAAACAUUGAAAUUCGAAAAUUGAUGGAUGGGGAUGUAAACUGACAUGAGAUAUUUAUAAAGGAGAAGUAGAAGUUUUAUGUUGCCAAACCCUGGAAAGAUGCCCAGUUUAUUUAAAGCUAGGAAAUCUGUUGAUGAAUAUUAAAGGGAUAGUGCACCCAAAAAUGUCACCUUUCAACAUUCACUCACACACAUGUUGCGCCAAACACAACUUUUUUUCUUCUCCAGAAUACAAAACGAGAAAUUUUGAAGAAACCUUACUGGUCCUUCUUUUCAAGACAAUGGCAGUGAAUAGUGAUUCUGGUUUCAAGCUUUAAAAAGGAUGCAAACGUAUCAUAAAAGUAGUCCAUGUGACUCAUGCAUCAUAUUCCAAGUCUUUUGAAUGCAUACAGUUUUGUUUAAAAAAACAACUUUAACUUUGUCAAUACUCAGUGCAUGCGAUUAAACUUGUAUUAGCACUUUAUGUGAGAACUUGCGUUGUUUUGAGCAAUUUCUCCUCUUUGUGUUUCGCAGAAGAAAGUCAUGUGUUUAGAAUGACAUGGGGGUGAGUAAACGAUGACAGAAUUUUCAUUGUUGGGUGAACUAUCCCUUUAAUUGAGUUAAAUCAAAUUGAUUAUGGAAACUUACUGUGGUUAUGUUUUACAGCUGCCUUAAUUUACUUACACAUCUUGUACGAGCUGUUCAUAGUACAAUUACGCUAAAUUACAUGAUACAAGUCAGUCACACCAAGCAAUCACUUUGUGUAAAACAUUUGCAUUUUCCGAGGCAUUCAUUAUCAGGUAUUGUAUAUUCACCGAACUCUUCUGUAUCCUGUCAGCACCUCCCAGGCAGGCUGUUUUAUUAAUUUUAUUUUGAUAGAGUAGAACUGAAAAGAAAGUAUGUUGUGCUUGUGUGUUUGCUUUUAAUGUAUGGACGUUUGAAGGAGGACUGUGAUAAGGUAUAAGAAUGAACAAAUUCUUCACCAUAUGUGUCAUAAGAAGGUUAAUAAUAUAUUUAUAUAAAUGUAAAGUGUGUCCCACCUAUAAAAUUAAAACAUAUUUGAAGGUAUAUAGGU